CCGAAAAGUGGAAAACGCGCCAUCCGCUUCACUGGCAGGCGGCAGCUCUGCAAAGAAAAGGAAGGAAGGAAGCCACCAGUCUUUAUUUCGUCGGUUCCGUGCGUCGCGAAAUCGGACGCACCAACACCAAGAGGAGGACGAACACCCAGUCCAAAAUCGAAUCAGGCCGCUGGAGGCAACCGGAAGCGAAGAAUAAUCGCGGCGAGGCGGCAGCCGGCGACGAGCAAGGGCCAAGGGAGGAGGAGGAGUAGCGGCAAAUGUCGGCGCUGCCGAGCUGGCGCAGGGCGUACGGCGCGCUCAAGGACUCCACCACCGUCAGCCUCGCCAACCUCAACUCCGACUUCAAGGAUCUGGAUGUGGCGAUCGUGAAGGCCACCAACCACGUGGAGGGCCCGCCCAAGGAUCGCCACCUGCGCAAGAUCGCGGCGGCUUCCUCCAUUGCCGGUCCCCGAGCGGACGUCGCCUACUGCGUCCACGCGCUUGCCCGCCGCCUCACUAAGACCCGGAAUUGGAUCGUUGCAUUGAAGACACUUGUGGUAAUCCAUCGACUCCUCCGGGAUGGUCAUCCUACAUUCCGUGAAGAACUUCUCAAUUUUACACAAAGGGUUCAAGUUUUGCAGUUAUCUAACUUCAAGGAUGACUCCAGUCCUAUCGCUUGGGACUAUUCUUCAUGGGUUCGCGCAUAUGGUUUAUUUUUGGAGGAAAGACUGCAAUGCUUCAGGAUAUUGAAGUAUGAUGUUGAAGCUGAGUGUUUGCCCAAGCAAGGUCAAGGGCCUGAAAAGGGGCACAGUCAAACCAGAGAGUUGGAUUCUCAGGACUUGCUGGACCAUAUGCCGGCACUGCAGCAGUUACUGUAUCGACUUAUUGGAUGUCGGCCAGAAGGAGCUGCCAAUAGAAAUUAUUUGGUGCAAUAUGCUCUAGCUCUUGUUCUUAAAGAAAGCUUCAAAAUUUACUGCGCAAUAAAUGACGGAAUUAUCAACCUUGUUGACAAGUUUUUCGACAUGCCAAGACACGAAGCACUUAAAGCCCUUGAAAUUUACAGGAGAGCUGGCCAGCAGGCUGGAAGCCUAUCUGACUUCUAUGAAAACUGCCGUGAGUUAGAACUCGCAAGAAAUUUUCAGUUUCCCACUUUGAGGGAGCCACCACAAACAUUCCUUUCAACCAUGGAAGAAUACGUGAAGGAGGCUCCACGUAUGGUUCCAGUUAAGGAUCCGUUGGAGUUUCCUGAGAGGCUUCUUCUGACAUACAAACCGGAAGAAUCAGAGGAACUUCCUGAGCCUGUUCCUAUUAAGGAGGAAAUACCGGUACCACGCAUGGAAGAACCUUCUCCACUACCAUCUUCAGCUGAAGUAGCUUCACCUCCUCCCAACCCCAGGGUUGCAGAUACCGGUGAUUUACUGGGAUUAAGUGAUCCAAACCCUAAUGUAUCAGCAGUAGAAGAAAGCAAUGCUUUGGCCUUGGCUAUUACUCCGAAUGGUGUUAAUGCUUCAACAACUAGCACAACUAUAACGCAAGAUACAGGAUUUGAUCCAACGGGAUGGGAACUUGCUCUUGUCACUACCUCGAGUAGCAAUACAAAUUCACUGGCUGUGGAUAGUAAUUUGGGUGGUGGACUUGACAAGCUCACAUUGGACAGCUUGUAUGAUGAUGGAGCCUACAGACAGAUGCAGCAACAGCUGCCAUAUGGUUCAGCACCUCACAAUCCCUUCAUGGCGACCGAUCCUUUUGCAGUAUCGAAUCAAGUAGCUCCCCUACCAUCAGUUCAUAUGGCCACUAUGGCCCAGCAGCCCCAACAGAUGGCUAUGGCGAUGCAACCAAAUCCCUUCGGGCCACCCUUACAGCCACAGCUCACUGGCAUGGCGAGCGUACCAAACCCGUUCCUAGAUGCCGGUUUCAGCCCUUUCCCAGCAGAUGGAAAUGGAAUGCAUCCACAAGCCAACCCGUUUGGAACUGCCCAACUUUUAUAAGCUUUACACCUUACAGUCACAGUUACAUACAAGUUGCACUAGUGCAAUCUAUAGAGGUACAUAUUGCAUAUUGAGAAGCUCGAUUUCCAUGUAUGUAUACAAAAAUGUUAGUGCCAGCUUUGUUCUGCCCUCUCUUAGGCUUUGGCGGCUUGGCCAAUUCUUUUCUAGCUCGAGCUUGUAUUGAAUUUAUCUGUAUUUCUCUUUUUUUUUCACCUUUUCCAUUGCGGGGUGGCAAUCAUCCAGUCUCUUUCCAUUGCGGAAUGUAUGCUCAUGACCCGGCAUAUAGGCCUUGGAUUAAUACAUCUGGUGCUGCCCUGUCUUGUCCGCAUAAGCUUUGUUUGUCACUAAACCUGCUGCAUUUCAGUAUACUGAAGCCGCUGAAUAAGUUACUGGGCAACGAUGCUUGUAAAAAUUCCUUAUCGCUGAUGUAACAUUAAGGUAAAUAAACGGUAUAUUUGGAUAA